AUGUUCGCCUCGUUCUUCUGGGCAUUUACUUCGACGAUACCCAAUAUCGCGAAUCUCAAAGAGAAUAUCGCAGUCGCGGAAAUUCUGAUCAGUACUAGUGCAUGGCCUGGCUCGAUUGACAAUGUGGUACUUGGUAUCUCCACGGCCGUCUUUACGAUGGUUCAAACGGUAGCGAACAUGGCACAGAUUGAGAAAAUUGCCGAUCAAUAUGGGAAGGACGAAGAGAAACAACUGGCCGAAGAGAUUAUUAUGGCACUGUUUCUUGUUGUACCGGUUCUGGGAGAGAUCGAUCUCAUUUCUGAGAGUCUGGAAGGGUUGGCGAAUAUCAUCAGAAUGGUUGGUGAUGCGAGUAUGUUGACUAAUAGUAUCUACGACAUCGCAACCCCUGAUUCUGGCACAAUUGUGAUGAGCAUUUUUGGCACAUUGCUUCUAGGAGGUGUGCGUACUAUUGAGGAUUUCAACAAAAUGGGUUCGCUGCGACGGAGUCUCACUGCGGAUGAUAUUUCGAAAAUUGGUUCAGAAUGGGAGAAGUCUGACACUAAAAUGAAAAAUCUGAUUAGUGUCUGUGUCUAA